CGAGUUCAGUGCACCUCGCAAGCGAUGGGCACUUUGCACGUCUGCUUCGCCGAUCUGCCGCAUUAUAAAAGUGCCACUUCAGCCAUAGCAGCGUCAUCCUUAACCACCCUAAGUCAAACCGGAGCACUGGCUGAACUAAGUGCAGCCAUGGACACCGCUAACUGCACUACAACAAUGACAGAGCAAACUGAACUCAGCAAGGACAUGCCACCAUGCAGCCUAUCGCCCGGAGCCAACAGUGCACACAGUACUUCGCCAACUCCACGCUACGAGCGCAACAUGAGCUUCUUUCACCAACUCAGCCGCCGCUUUGGCCUGCUGCGCUCCAGCGAUGACCCAGUUUUCAGCGCUGCCGAAGAUGACUCGACCGAUUCGUGUUCCUCGACUACAGGUGCAAUAAUGUCGAUGCAACGCUCAAUCGGUGUAUCUGCGACGUCAUCGUUAUGUGCGCCAAACGGCGAAAAUACUGUAAGCAGCAGUCGCAACAAUAACCAUGAAACACACUUGCAAACAAGUACCGCUUGCAUGAAGGACAGCCAAGGCUCGAGCAGUGAACAUAUUUCGUGCGCUUCCAGCGAGACGAGCAGCACAACCGAUAUGGAGGAACCACAAGAACAGCAGACACAUUCACCAACAGCUACUGCCAAAUUGCCAACAUUGAAGGAACGACCCCUCAGUGCACGAGCGAACUUAUCACGUUUUCAUCGCCGUUCCACAUCUUCCAUACGACGCGCAUUCGAAAGUUUCUCACUAUCAACACGUUCAUUAUCAUGCGGCGGAGCUACUUCGAAUAUCACGCCCCUAGCCGCAGAGCACACACAAUGCACCACCAACAACAGUAAUACAACUAUCAAAUCGGUACUCAAAUAUAAUUCUAAUAUUGAGUUAAAUAGAAAAUCGCAAACGGGAGGUGGUGGCUGUAAUACGUCAUAUUCCGCUUCAAGUUUACAUUUUUCGUCAGCAUCAAACAAAACUGCAGCGUCGGCGACAUUAAAGUCAUCGAAAGGCAAAACGAAGCCACCACCGCAACGUAUACUGCGCCAACCCAUCUCCUAUACGUAUCUGAAGGGCAUAUCCGGUCUACCGACGCAGCGAGUGCCUCGCAGCGCUGUCUGCUGUCAGUAUGCAAGGCGUUGAUAUUCCCGGCAUUGGCUUUCAGCAGCGUAGAAUAAAACUAG